AUGGCGGCGAGCUCCAGCAAGCCCCUACACUUCCUCAUCACCGGCGCUGGCCGCGGCAUAGGUCGAGGCCUGUCCCGGCUGCUCGUCCAAAAGGGCCACCGCGUCUUCCUAGUAGACAACAACCAGGAAGAGCUCAGUCACACGUGCGAAACGCUCACGAGGCUGCCAUCCGUGCCAUCAUCUGCGCCAAAGGCGGCCAAGGCCUUUGACGCCCUGCACUGUAACCUCCGCAAGCCCGGCGACAUCGACAGGGCCGCGAAAGCAGCCUCAGAAUUCUUCGCGGACCACCUGGACGUCCUCGUGAACAACGCCGCGUUCACAUCGGGGGUAGGCGGGCCAAGCAUCCUCGACUCCACGGACGAGCAGUUCACGGCGUCGUGGGCCGCCAGCCUAGAGACCAAUUUGACGGCCCCGCUACUGCUUAGUAGGGCGUGCUUGCCCAUGCUUCAAAAGCAGCCGGAUCGUGGGCGCGAGAAUGGCGGGAGCAUCAUACACAUGUCUUCCACACGCGCUCAUCAGAGCGAGCCGGACUCGGAGGGCUAUGCUGCUACAAAGGCCGGUCUCAUUGGAUUAACGCACAGCAUGGCCGUCAGCCUCGCACCCGCGGGUAUUCGUGUGAACACGAUCCUCCCCGGAUGGAUACACGUGGGCGAUGAGUACAAGGAGGCCGAUGAGAAAGGCACGGCGUGGGAGGAGGGGCUGUCGCAGGACGAUCAAAAGUGGCAUCUGAAUGGGAGGGUAGGCAAGGUCGACGACAUCCUUGCGGUGGUCGAGUACCUCACCAAGGCAGAAUUCGUCACGGGCACGGAGAUGAUUGUCGAUGGCGGAGUGACCCGGAAGAUGGUCUAUCCCGACGAAUAUCAUAAACGAGGCAUCAAACAAAAAGAGAAGGAGAUCAGGAGGCUGAGCAAGGAUCGCAAGGACCGAAAUGGUCCCGCAGUCGAGUCGAACGAGCCCAAGUUCAAGUCCGAGUCGAAGUCUGAGUACGUCGGCAGCAAGCACUCGAAGAACAUUAGAACUUCGAAAUUACGAAGGCGAGCAACCCAUGCCUCAACCGGACCCCCCAGUGCUGCCCAGGCUGCCCUCUGUGUCAUCUCUUCACGUCUUGCCGAGCCGUUCCAAGGUGUCAUCGAGAACGCGUUCCCGUGCGCGGAAUUCUUCAGAUGCCCCAGCAAGCCGCGUCCCCAAGCAUCCGCAGCGAGGACGACUUCAUCGGCGUCCACUCGGGAGACCUUCAAGAUAGUGACGUCCCCCGAGAAGCGGAUAGAACAAGGACACAUCAGAUACCGAGACGGGGAUAAAAUAGCGGUGGUCGCCAAAAUCAAGCCAGAACAGGCCUUCAACUUCAUGACUACUAUCCGUGCUAGUGAGUUGGGUCUCUUGGACUUGGUCCAGCCUCUUGAGGAUGAUGACGAAGAAACCUGGAUUAUGCUUCCGAGGGGGAAGAGGAUACGACCAGAGGGAACUAUCCAGCUCCGAUGGUAUCCACGCCAGUCGAGAUCAAUCACCCUCCAAUUAUUCGUGCUCUCCGGUUGGUGGGAGAGGGAAAUUGUCCUUGGGGCACAGUAUGUUGCAAAAGAGGAGCACUAUGCAAAGCGUAGGAGAUAUGGCAAGGAAUAG